UUUCACUGUUAAAUUGGAGGGAAAAUCUGUUGGGUACAACAGAGAGUGUGAGAGGAAAUCCAGAAUUGAGGGAAAUGGGAAAUUUGUCUCUUCCCCUCAAAUUCGCCGUAUUUCUCACCUUUUCUCUUUCAGCCUCAACCGCCACCUCCUCUCAAUUCGUCGUCAAAUCCUCUCAAUUCGUCGUCAAAUCACAAUCACCUUCUCCAAACCCUAAAGCCACACCGUCCGAUUUGCUCUCUAUUCUCGGCCCCGCCACUGAAUCCUCAAAAAUCAACCCGCUCCUCUUCAAACAAUUCAAAUCCUGCCUCAAAUUCCUAGUCCCGUUCACUCCAAAUAACCUCAAAUUUAACCACCAACGACGCUCUAUUGUUAGCCCCAGACUCGCUACUUCAAAUCCUCGUCAUCUCCGUUUUAGAAGUAGGGGAGAAGAAGAAGAGAAUGAGCUUGUCUGGUGGCCUCCUGAGCCUGUUCUUGAAUUGGCUCGACUCGCUGUUGACUCCGGUGGCGAUCCCGGCGCUAUUCAUCGUGCUUUAGAUCCUACUCCCUUACCUGUACCUGAUGUUGAAGGAUCAAAAGAUAGCCGAUGUCAGCUCACAAGAACACCCUAUGGAAGACGCUUUAUAAGCGAGGAGUUAAAUUCAUAUGUUAAAUUUUUAUUUCAAGUGAUUGCGGCUCGAGGACCAUCAAUAGGGCUCAAUGUUUCGUUGAAUAGCUUUGAUUUUUUUCAUGGUCAUAUGUUCCUUGCCAAAGAAACAGGACGGCUUGGUAUAUUGUUUCAUGCCAAAGAAUACCCCGCGUACGAUAAAAAAGCAUUUCCAUACAACAUGGGAUUUUGCCAAAGAGGUUCUGACGUACCUUAUGAUAAUUCAAUGAAUCUCCGCAACAUCCUGUGGCUGGCUCCUUUUCCAAGCAAUUCAUCUACAGCCUGGCUGUCACCAGGUGUUUUAGUUGUGCUGGAUGCCCAUCCAGGAGGAAUCAUCUACCAAGAUCUCAUUCCUGAUUAUGUAAAAUUCGUAAGAACGAUAUAUGAAGAUGAAUUUGGAGAGGUUGCAGUUGAUGUCAAUUACUUGAAUGUUGGGAAGUCAGUUGCUGAUUAUCAGCUGUUCAUAUGCUGAAUGCAUAUAGAGACAGCACAAGUACUACAAUGCAAGUGUAUCAUAUUCUUUCUCAAUUUGAGGAAAGGUUUUGGGAGGAAAAGCAAACAAUGGAGAGAUUGGAUCUGUAACAUCCUACUGGUUGUAAAUUUAAUUAAAUUUAAUUGACAAAAAACUAUUAUAUUUACUAUUUUACGCUAUAA